CCGUUCUCGGCUAUCAUUCGUUCGUCGAUGGCAAUUUGGCGUUUGUGAUGAUUAGAUCAGCAGCUGUAGCACACGCGUCACGGUCUCGUUUACGCCGACGGCGAUGACUAUGAUAAUAGAUUAUGAUAAUAAUAAUAAUAAUAAUAAUAUCGCAAGUAUUUUGAUUUCGUCGCGACGACGACGAAUAGUGCGUGUAUGCGCUCCGAGUCUGGCAGGCGGCCCAUCCGUCCAUCGUUAGAGGCCAACAGCUGUUCACCGUGGUCUCCGGUGUAAGUUCGACGCGCGUCAUUCGCAUUCGUCCGACACUGCUGCCGCCGCCGCCACCACCGCCGUGACGGAGGAUAAAAGCUCGACCGAAAACGACGACAUGAGUGUUGAAAACCUGAACAACCGUCGGCCCUCGUCCGACCACCACACAGUUUCAGAUUCUUCAAGCAAAAAUAAAAGAUCAAUACUUUAUGAUAAAACAUUUGUUAUUGACAUUGUUGACAAUAUAGUAAGCUCAAAAGUGGAAAAGCUCAUAAAUGCAUAUGGAGGAAAAAUAAUUCAAUCAUUAGAGAAGAGUACCGAUUAUUUAAUAUCAGAUAUGAUACAAAAUGAAGGAGUUAAGUAUAAUGGCAGUUCAGAAACUAAUAAUAGUAGAAGAGAUAUUGAAGUAAAAAAUGGGCCAUCUUCUAAACGUAAAAAUUCAGUUGAUCUCAUCAAUAAAGCUAAUAUUUUAAACACAAAAAUUUUAUCUGCUAAAAAGUUUCAACAUUGGCUUAAAUCCUUGUUGAAAAAACGCCGUACCAACAAAAAACCUACAGAUCAAGUUGCAAGUGUACUAAAAGGAAAAGUUAGUUUAAAAAUAGAAUCAAUGGAUCAAGGACAACGUCCUGUAUUUGAAUUUAUACCCAAGUGGCCAGAUUUAGGUGACGCAUUAUGUAAAAAAAAAACAAAACAUUCAACUGAACAGAAAUAUAACUGUGAUAAAAGUGGUGAUGAUUACUCUUCAGAUCAAUACAGUACUUCAGAAAUUGGUGGAAUGUGUGAACUAUGCGACAUGCCAUUUAUGAAUUAUAAAGAACACAUAAAUACAAAAAAACAUAUGAGAGAAAGUCAAGAUGAACACAGAUUUCAUGAAUUAGACGAAUUAAUUAAUGAAAGGCCUUUAAAUGUUAUUUUUAACCAAUUUAUACCUGAUAAGUCUGAAAAGAAAAUUAACAGAGAUCAAAAUUUAGCUCAGAAAACACCUAAUCUUAAUAACUGCCUAGAUAACACUGUUAUUACAAUAAUUGAUUCAGAUUCAAAUGAUGCUGAACAAAAAGAAGUGUAUUGUUCAUUUGAUGAUAAAACCCCAAGUUCUUUUAAAGCAUCAAAAAGUUUGAAGAGAAAAUACCAAUUUUCUGAUACCGAUAUUUCUUUUGUACCUCAGAAGAGACCUAGCAAGAAGUUACAUUCACCAAUACAUGAUGAAAUUAACUUUUAUAAAAAAACCAAGCGGAAACACAAAACACAUCAAAAAUCAUCAUCCAAGGAUAUAUACAAAGUGGAAGUUGUAAACAGCCAUUCAUCAAAAUCAAAGAAUAAUUCAAAUAAUGAUAGAAUUGAGUCUGAUCAACCACCAGUUAUCAUACGUUUGAAAAGAGUACAAAAUUCUAAAAACAAAUAUUCUUCAAGUGAUGUUGAAAGUCGUUUAUCAAUAUCAUCAUCAGAUAAUGAUGAUGAAACCUCAGAGGACCCUAAACCAGUUCAUAGGUAUAUACGUGUAGUUAGAAAAUCAAGUUUCAGUGACAGAACUGAAGUUACACCUUCAAAAGGCUACACUCAAAGUCAAAUGUUUACAUUUGAACAUCCAGAGUUGCGUCAUAAUAUUCAUAAAGAUGUUUCUUACUAUCCUACUUACACUUGCAUCCCUGACACUAAGUCUAGUAUUGAAUACAUUCAAGAAAAAAUUGCAAAUUUAGGUAAUCCUAGUUUAAAGUGUAUGUUAUCGUUUAAAGAAUCUUUGAAAGUUAUGUCUAAAAUGGAACCUCAAAAAAUUGGAGAAUGGUUCUAUAAUGUUCCCAAAAAAAUUCAAGACAACUUAUCGUUCGAUUCAUCUACGUUAGUCCCACUUACUGAUUUAUCAAAAAUAAAAUCUUUUGUAAUCCCUAAACAGAAUGUAAACAGAAGUUCAACAUCCUCCAGUUCUAUUGAAAUAUUGUAAUUUUAGUUAAUUAAUGUUCCAAAUGGUUUUGUGUCCUAUCUGAGAUCUCUUAAUGUUAUUUUUAUUUUAUUUUAUUUUUAUUUUUUUUAGGGAUUAAUUUUAAUUGUUACAUUAAAUUAUUUUUUUAAUUUUAUGUUAAAGACCUGCCUCCCUAAUUUCAGGUAAAACAAAUAUUUAUAUGUACUCAAAGUUAUGUACAAUGAUGUUUCAUUGUUAUUCAGUUCAUUUAUACCAAAUACCAUCUAAAAGUAUUAAAUCAAUUCAAAAAUAUAGA